GUAAAGUUACCGUCAACAGCGUCUUCCAAAACUUCCUGAUCCAGGUGAACCAACAUGGCAGACCCUGUGGCGUGGUCGCGCGUCAUCCUUUGUUUUGUCGGGGUGGUUUUGACACAAUUUGCUGAUGGUCAAACGCAAGUUUCUAAUGAUCUCCUUUUUCCGUACGGCAAUGCCAGCGGAGAUAGUAUGGCGCCUGUUAACGAUGACGGGAGCUCGGAAGAAAUUCAACUGCAGACAAUCUUUCCUUAUUUUGGUCAUUCACAUUCCUCCUUGUAUGUGAACACCAAUGGCGCCAUAUCAUUCUUGGGUACCAUACGUCAGUUCACAGCCGCUGCCUUUCCACUGAACGACUUCCGAAGAAUAGUUGCGCCGUUCUGGACCGACGUGGACACCACAAGGAACACGGGUCGUGUUUUCUACCGGGAGGUUACAGCAGCAAAAGACCCGGGACUUAUGCAAAGAGUUACCGUUGUCAUUCAGAGUGCAUUUCCAGCUUCUCGAGGUCUGGCGAAAUUUCGCGCCACGUGGGCUUUUGUUGCCACGUGGAACAAUGUCACAUAUUUUGGUGGGAAUCAAUCUACUCCUACAAACACAUUUCAAGCAGUCUUGGCGACCAACGGGAGACAUUCGUUUGCCAUCUUCAACUACGCUAAGAUAACCUGGACAACUGGAACUGCUAGUGGCGGAAAUAGGAGUACCGGUCUGGGAGGCAUCCCAGCACAGGUUGGUUUCAACGCCGGUGAUGGUAAACAUUAUGCCUCAGUAAAAGAAUCUCGCACGGACGCCAUAGUUAACAUCGCCAGCACUAGUAACGUCCAGACUCCCGGACGCUGGGUCUUUCAAAUAGACAAAACUAAAGUGGAGAAAGGAGGGUGCAAUACAGAGGGCACCUUGGUGAUUUCUCCCGUCAGAGGAAACAUUCUCGGAGGAGAGGAAAUCUUGCUCUCUGGACCUUGUAUUGAUUCGGACGAACAUGAUAUCGUGUGUAAAUUUGGUAACGUCACAGUGGAGGGAGAACAUCACAAAGACAUGACAGCCAAGUGUAUUACUCCGCCACUCUUUGUCAUGGGGAGAGCAGAUGUAGAGCUCUCCAUCAAUGGGGGCAUCGAUUUCACACAUAGAGGAUUUUUUAUACCAGAAUACAACGAGGCAUUUUCUAAGGUGACUCGUGCCGACAAAGCAAAAUGGCGCGAAAGUGGUCCAUAUUACAUAGAAUGGACGCCAGAGCAGGUUCUAGAUGGUGACCAGAACGCAGAAAAUGUGGACAUUGAUCUUCUUGCAUUUGAAGAGCCGAAAGAUGGCGCGAUGGAAAAAAACUGGUACACAUUGGCUAAGAAGGUACCAAACAACGGUAGAUUUGACCUGGGCACGGUUGCCGUGAAAUUCAACAAGACGGAGUUUAUUGGGGCUGUGCGUAUAACACGGUCCCUCCCAUACUCUAACACAGUCUCUUAUCAAAACCCAUGUCCAGGAUUUGAGAAUGAACACAAGUCGAUAUGUAGAAGGCCCGCCAUAUGGACAGAUAUCCACGUGCUUCAGUGGCACGCCUACAAUCACCUAGCAACGGUACUGCAGGAGGGCGGAGUUCUUGAGAAAAACUUUUCUGAAAUAGAACAACUCAAUUUACUCGGCGGCACAAGGGAAGAUACUAAAAGAAACAUCUACAUGCAGUCGCGUGCGAUUAAUUCCAUCUGGUGUAGCAAUUGGUACCACAAUGACACAUCUGAGUACAAAAUAUUGCCACAAGAUCUCCCACCAUGUCCCGUCACUUUACAGCAAGCCCUUCGAGACCGAGGCCGUUUCCAUGCCGAUCCGACAUGUCACCGUGGAGACCCCAACGGUUGUAACUUACAUCCGGGAGCUUUCCAUUGCGUCCGCUCAAAUGAAUGCAGCGGAUCGGGAGCCGGCCAACAGUGCUGCUACGACCAGCAAGGCAAUCUCCUUAAUGUGGCCGACAAUCACGGCGGAGGAACCAUGGAUAUAUCGCACUACAAGGGAUGUCGUAAUCCGCCCGUGGUGCCGUAUAUCAGUCACUUCUACACAGACUUACGUCCACACGCGUGGUGCUGUCACAGUUCUGGUAACUUGUCCCUGUGCUCGGAGACGUACAUGGAGAGACGACCCUCCCGUGACGGCAUAGGGUACCAGCCGCCCAGACCAGCCACUGGUGUCGGUGACCCUCACGUGGUGACACUGGACGGACUACACUACACGUUUAAUGGGAUAGGAGAGUACAGCCUUGUAGAGAGCACGAACCAGACGUUCACGUGCCAGGGGAGGACCAAACAAGUUGACGGACAGAACGGUGAGCAAGGCCGGGCGUCCGUGUGGACAGCACUGGCCAUGCGUGGCCGCAACACCAGCAGGAUCCAGGUAUCUUAUAGUAAACUUUGGGGGAUGGUGGUGUUCGUAGAUGACGACAUGAUUGACUUUGAUGAAGUAGGAAACAUUGUCCCUGGCAUAGAAGGCAUUGAAAUUGAAAAGGUGGCCAACGAAUCAAAAGCCUAUAUAAGUUUUGAGGAUGAACAAGUAUUUGUAGAUGUGCAGAUUACAAACGGGGUUCUAAACUUUUUGCUCUACAUUCCAAAUUAUUUGAAGGGAAAUGUUAAAGGGCUCCUUGGCGUAUGGAAUGAUGAUCCCAUUGAUGACCUUCUCUCACGUGAUGGACACGUGCUAAGCCCCAAUGCAUCAGUUGAAGACAUCCAUUAUAAAUUUGGUGAAACGUGGCGCAUCAGUCAAACUUCAUCACUUUUCACAUACGGCAUCGGUGAAAGUUAUGCCAGCCAUCAAAAUGCAUCAUUCGAGCCCAUGUUUGAACCUCCAAAACUCGAAAACGAGACUCUGCAGACCCAGAUGGAGGCUGUGUGUGGGGAGAGCCUCGAGUGCAUGUUUGAUUUUACAAUAACUGGAGGAAACGCUGAAAUGGCCGCAGCGAGUAAAAUGGUGAUGGUUGAAUAUUCUGAAGCGGUCUCUGAAACUAAACCAGUCAUUACCUGUGGUUUCCUGGUUACUUCCGCCAACGUUACAAAAGACAACCUCUCCACCCUUCGGGGUACUAUAGUGACCUUGACCUGCCCCGAAGGGUACGCCCUGAUUGGCCAGAGUACCGUGAAGUGCCAGGAUGAUGGGACGUGGGACAGCUAUAGCAACGCCAGGUGUAGCAAAGUUAGGCCUAUUGACUGUGGUUUCCUGGAUACUUCCGCCAACGUUAAAAAAGACAGCCUGUCCACCCUGGCGGGCACCAUAGUGACCUUGACCUGCCCCGAAGGGUACGCCCUGAUUGGCCAGAGUACCGUGAAGUGCCAGAAUGAUGGGACGUGGGACAGCUAUGGCGACGCCAAGUGUAGGAAAGUUAGGCCUAUUACCUGUGGUUUCCUGGUUACUUCCGCCAACGUUACAAAAGACAACCUGUCCACCCUGGCGGGCACCAUAGUGACCUUGACCUGCCCCGAAGGGUACGCCCUGAUUGGCCAGAGUACCGUGAAGUGCCAGGAUGAUGGGACGUGGGAAAGCUAUGGCGACGCCAAGUGUAGCAAAGCGAGCGAGCCUACAUUGCUCAGGACUGUGGGCAUUGCCGUGGGAUCGGCCCUGGGCGCCAUCUUGCUGGUUGUUGUCGUCUCUGUCAUUGUCUACAAGACGGCAAGGCGCAGAAAGAGAGUAGGAGCAUACAAGACGCAGAAGCAACCAGCGAACCCUAUGCUUGAGAAAGCAAAUGCAUGUUAGACUCUGGUUAACUCUGGAACCCAAGCACUCACCCAGACAGUGAGGAAUUUUGUACAUCAAUAUGUGUGCAGUGGGCUGUACUUAAUUCAAACCCACACUUCACUUCUGUUGUAUUUAUAUAGCUGCAUAUAAUCACUUCUUUCAAUCUGAUAAUCUAGGCCAGAGUAACGUCAUCUUCGUGAACAAAUCUGAUGUAGAUGCAUACAUUUAAGCUAUUUGGAGAAAUAUACACCAAGUUAUUGGAAGCUCUCGUUGCGAUUUAGGUUUUUGUGCUUUUCAAACCCUUAUAAAAGUACUUAGAAUUCCUAAAACUUUUGCUAUUCUUUAUAUGUGCCAGAAUAUUGUAUAUAAUAUUUAAAUGAAAAUACAAUAUGAAAAUGCACGCAAGGCAAAAACAUCAAAAAAAUCAUAAGAUAAAGCAAUAUUGCCAUGAUUUCAUAAUACUAUAUUCAUCACAUCACAGCUAUUAUAAAGAUGUCAAGAAUCAUAUAUUAUUCCAGUAACUUAUGACAAUGUUUCAUUUAUUAAAUAACCGUACUGUCAAUGUCUUUACUUUUAACCAUUGUAACGUAUGAGUUUAAUUUAUGUUUAAGUUUGAAAUGCGUGUCCAACACUUCACUUUUGUUGGU